UUCGUGUAAGAACGAAAAACAUUGAACAGCGUCAGUCAAAAUAUGGCAGAAGAAAGUGAAAAAAUGGAAAUUGACAGAGUUUCAGAUAUGGAUAAGGCUUCGGACAGAACAAACGAUCGUGAAGAUGAAUCUUCUGAUGAAAUAUCGGAUAAUGAUGAAGAGUAUGAAAAGCAGGCUUCCGAGCUAGAGAAAAAGGUUGAACAGAAUCCAUAUGACUAUAAUGCAUACAUAGAGCUCAUAAAACUUCUCCAGAAGAUAGCUGAGAUAGAAAGACUUCGUAAAGCAAGAGAGAUGAUGAGCAGACAUUUCCCCUUAACCACAGAAUUGUGGAUUUCUUGGCUGCAGGAUGAGAUUAAUAUAGCAGCUUCAGAUGCGGAACGCAGCGCCAUUGUGGAACUGUUUGAGAGGGCUGUCCAGGACUAUCUUUCGGUUGAUCUCUGGUUGGAGUAUGCUCAGUUCAGUAUUGGCAACAUGGGACUGCAGGAUGGUGUUAAAACAGUGAGAAAUACAUUUGAGCGUGCUCUUACAGCUGCUGGUCUUCAUGCUGCUAAGGGGGCUAUUUUGUGGGAGGCAUAUCGUGAGUUUGAGAAUGUGAUGCUGACGAUGUUACAGUCCAGAGCUGAUACUGACUUAAGUGAGAGCCAGCAGCAGGAAUUGGCUGCUCAGAAGAACCGUUUGGUUACCAUAUUUCGUCGCCAGAUGGCUUGUCCACUACUUGACAUGGAGAAAACAUACCAAGAGUUCACAGAGUGGCUGAAUGAAGAGCCAAGCAGGAGAGAUGGUGUGGACAUAAAGAAUAUUGAAUCUGGUUUCAAAACUGCACUCCUGAAAUUGAGCAAGAUCCUUCCUUAUGAAGAACAGCUGCUGAGCUCCGAUAAUGCCAGCAAAGCAGAUCAUUAUCGAGCAUACCUCCAGUAUGAAAUGUCCAAGAAUGAUCCAGCUCGAGUUCAGUGUCUCUAUGAACGGACGGUUGCUGACUUGUGCCUUGAUGCUUCAAUGUGGCUUGAGUACAUUGAAUAUUUGGAUUCUGUACUCAAAAUAGAUACUGUUGUUCUAUCUGUUUGCAAACGGGCAGUUCGGAAUUGUCCCUGGAGUUCUCCAUUGUGGCAGCAUUAUCUGAGGGCUCUUGAGAGAUACAAAAAGCCGUUUGAUGAGGUUAAAGAUGUGAUGGAGCAAGCAUUGUCAGUGGGAUUCAGUACUGCAGAAGAUUAUCGCAGUUUGUGGCUGUGUUAUAUUGAGUACAUGAGGCGUAGAGUAGACUGGGGUACAGAUCAUCAGUCAACACAGAUGGAAGAACUAAGAACAACAUUCAACAGAGCCUGUGAUCAUCUUGCACAGUAUUUUGGCCUUGAGGGUGAUCCUGGUUGUGAUAUUCUACAAUACUGGGCUCGCAUUGAAGCUGCAUACUGUAAGAACCCGGAGGAGUUCCGGCGUUUAUGGAGUGACAUCCUCAGUCAGGGGCAUGACAAGACAGCAGCCAUGUGGCUUGAGUACAUUCAGUGGGAGAGGGCAUUUGGUGAUAGCAAACACUUAAGACGCCUGUUCGCACGUGCUCUUACAUCAACCCAGGACUGGCCUGAAAGCAUUGGGAAUGCAUGGCUUAAUUUUGAAAGAGAUGAAGGCACGCUGGAUUCAUAUGAAUUUUUUAUGACAAAAUACAAAUCAAGAAUGAAAGAGAUAAAUGACCAGAGGAAAAGAAUGGCUGAAGAAGAAGAGAAAACAGUGGAAAAGGGAGAGAAGUGGAAACAUGAUCAUAAGCAAGAAAGGGGCCUGAAACAGAAUCCUAGAGUUGCAUUGAAAAAGAAGCAUGAAACCGAGGGCAGGUGGGCAGCUGUAGCACCAAAAUCCGUAAUCACAAAAUCAAGUUCAAGGGAUGCUACUGAAGCAGAGUGUAAUGCUUCAAAAGAGAGUACAUUGUGUGCACCUCCACCAGGUUAUAGGAAGAGGGAGAAAACUGCUGAUGUCUUUGAAGAACCACCUACCAAAAUAUCUAAACAGGAGAAAAUGGAUACAGAACAUGGAGUUUCAGUAGACCAUGACUCCACUAAAGAUAACCGUACUGUGUUUGUCAGUAAUUUGGAUUAUUCUGUGGGUGAAGCUGCAAUAAGGGAAGUGUUCUCUUCCCUGGGAACCAUCACAGAACUUCGUUUGGUGAAGGACUUCAAGGGUCGGUCUAAAGGCUUUUGCUAUGUUGAAUUUGGUUCACCUGCUGAGGCAGAAGCAGCUUUAAAAAAAGAUCGUGAACCUGUUGAUGGGAGACCUAUGUUUGUAUCAAGGUGUAAUGCAGACAAACAUAUGAGAGAGUCUGGUUUUAAAUACAAUACAACACUGGAGAAGAACAAGCUUUUUGUGAAAGGUUUGCCUGUAACUGUAACAAAGGAAGAACUUGAGGAUGUGUUUAAAUCAUAUGGUUCACUGAAGGAUGUUCGAAUUGUCACUUAUCGGAAUGGACAUUCAAAAGGAUUAGCAUAUGUUGAAUACCAUGAUGAGGCAGCUGCUGCACAUGCAUUAAUCAAAACAGAUGGAAUGACGAUGGGGGAUCGAACUGUCUCUGUGGCCAUAAGUAAACCACCUGAGAGAAAGAAUAACCCAGGGGUUACUGCACGGGCUGCCUCCAUCAUGUCCUUGGGAGGAGGAGCUAGAGCUUUUGGCGCACGUGGACGUGGCCGAACGCAGGUAUCCCUGCUUCCAAGGUCUUUGCAAGUAUCUCACAGAACAUCAACAACACCAUCAUCUUCCACUGUACCUGCAUGUAGUACAGUCUCUAGUAAUGGAAGUAAUGGCAACGGCACGGCAAAUGGAGAUGGUGGUACAGAGACACAGAAACCAAUGAGCAACUCAGAUUUUCGACAGAUGCUGCUUGGAAUCAAGAAAAUGUGGAAUUAAUGAAGUAAAGUAUAUUUGGAAUUGAAUAUUAUGUGUGAAGAGUUAUCUUGAUGUGAGAGAGCGAGAAGUGUUGAUAAAAUAUCAGUGCCAUGUAAACUGGAUUGUGAUAUGAUUGACAUAUUACUGAUCUACUUUGUAAUGUAUUAAAUAUUUUCAUAUGUAGGUACAUAGCUACCUAAACAUUUACUGUACAAAAGUAGGGUAUUUUAGUUCCUUUCAUAUAAUAUGUAUAUUAUACUUUCCACUUUAUGUCUUUGUUUAGUGUCUUAUUUUCUGUGUACUUGUAUUAAAAAUGUAGUUUAAUUUCUUAUCUGUAUCAUGAAAAUACAUUGGAGAUAAUGAUGUUUUCA